AUGAUUACCUUGAGCCUAGGUGGUCUAGCCCCAUCUGAGUGUUACCAUAGGCUAGGUUCGGAACCUAUCUUUCCUACUACUAAUCAGAUAUCUUAUUCCCAUAAGGUGCAGAGUCAAAAACCUCGCCGUGAGGAACUGCGCAUCCACAUUGCAAAUAUAUACCGGACUGUUGCUGAGAAUAUCUGGCCUGGCAUGCUGAGUCAUAAACGAAUUUUCCAUUUUCAUUAUCUCAGGUUCAUUGAUGAAACGACAAGGCAGAUCUUAUCAGCACCCAAUGAGAACUUUCAAGAAAUGCAGCCUCUCCGUUAUGCACUUGCUUCUGUUCUGAGAUCUCUUUCACCUGAAUUUGUUAAGACAAGAUCCGAGAAGUUUGACCUCAGAGCUAGAAAGCGACUCUUUGAUCUUCUUCUUUCUUGGAGUGAUGACACUGGCAAUGCAUGGGGGCAGGAUGGAGUUGGUGAUUACCGACGUGAAGUUGAACGCUAUAAAGCUUCACAGCACAACCGAUCAAAAGAUUCAAUAGACAAAAUUUCAUUUGAUAAAGAACUGAACGAACAAAUUGAGGCAAUCCAGUGGGCUUCCAUGAAUGCUAUGGCUUCACUUUUACAUGGGCCCUGUUUUGAUGACAAUGCAAGAAAAAUGAGUGGUCGAGUGAUAUCUUGGAUCAACAGUUUGUUCAAUGAUCCUGCACCUAGGGCUCCGUUUGGUUACUCUCCAUCAACUCCUUCUUAUUCCAAGUAUGUAGAAGGUGGGCGUGGAGCUGCUGGUCGUGAUAGACACAGAGGUGGCCACCAUCGUGUCUCUUUAGCAAAAUUGGCUUUAAAGAACCUUCUCCUCACAAACUUGGACCUCUUUCCAGCUUGUAUUGAUCAGUGCUAUUACUCUGAUGCUGCUAUAGCUGAUGGCUACUUCAGUGUGCUGGCUGAGGUGUACAUGUGCCAAGAGAUACCAAAAUGUGAGAUACAGAGGCUCUUGAGCCUCAUCCUCUACAAAGUCGUGGACCCAAAUAGACAAAUCCGUGAUGAUGCCCUUCAGAUGCUAGAGACACUUUCUGUCCGUGAGUGGGCUGAGGAUGGCAUUGAGGGUUCAGGAAGCUAUCGAGCUGCUGUUGUUGGUAACCUCCCCGAUUCCUACCAACAAUUCCAAUAUAAGCUCUCUUGCAAACUUGCCAAAGAUCAUCCUGAAUUAAGCCAGCUCCUCUGCGAGGAGAUCAUGCAGAGGCAACUUGAUGCUGUUGAUAUAAUAGCACAACAUCAGGUCUUAACCUGCAUGGCUCCAUGGAUUGAGAACCUCAACUUCUGGAAACUCAAGGACUCAGGUUGGAGUGAAAGAUUAUUGAAGAGCCUUUACUAUGUGACAUGGCGACAUGGGGAUCAGUUCCCUGAUGAAAUUGAAAAACUAUGGAGUACAAUUGCUAGCAAGCCCAGAAAUAUUAGUCCAGUUUUGGAUUUCUUAAUAACAAAAGGGAUUGAAGAUUGUGAUUCCAAUGCAUCUGCUGAAAUAAGUGGUGCAUUUGCCACAUAUUUCUCUGUCGCAAAGCGGGUGAGUCUAUAUUUGGCACGAAUAUGUCCACAAUGCACAAUUGAUCACCUAGUUUACCAAUUGGCUCAGCGGAUGCUAGAAGAUAGCAUUGAACCAGUUGUGCCAAGUGCAAGUAAGAGUGAAGCAAAUGGAAAUUUUGUGUUGGAAUUCUCUCAGGGGCCUGCAGCGGCCCAAAUUUCAACUGUUGUGGACACCCAGCCACAUAUGUCACCAUUACUCGUUCGAGGUUCCCUUGAUGGGCCCCUCAGGAAUACUAGUGGAAGUCUGAGCUGGCGAACAGCUGGUGUGACAGGACGAAGUGUCUCAGGACCUCUAAGUCCAAUGCCACCUGAAUUGAACAUUGUUCCUGUAACUGCAGGAAGGUCAGGCCAGCUUCUUCCAGCUUUGGUGAACAUGUCAGGUCCUUUAAUGGGGGUUAGAAGUUCAACGGGAAGUUUGCGGAGUCGGCAUGUUUCUCGGGAUAGUGGGGAUUACCUAAUUGACACGCCAAACUCUGGUGAAGAUGGAUUGCAUACUGGAGUUGGCAUGCUUGGUGUCAGUGCCAAAGAACUCCAGUCAGCCUUGCAGGGGCAUCAACAACAUUCACUCACUCAUGCAGAUAUAGCAUUGAUUCUACUGGCAGAAAUUGCAUAUGAGAAUGAUGAAGAUUUUCGUGAACAUUUGCCUCUUCUUUUUCAUGUCACAUUUGUUUCGAUGGAUAGUUCAGAAGAUAUUGUGCUAGAGCACUGCCAGAAUUUGCUUGUUAAUCUGUUAUACUCACUUGCGGGCCGACACUUGGAAUUGUAUGAGGUGGAAAACAGUGAUGGAGAGAACAAGCAACAAGUUGUGAGCCUAAUCAAGUACGUCCAGUCAAAGCGCGGGAGCAUGAUGUGGGAAAAUGAGGACCCCACAGUUGUGAGAUCUGAACUUCCAAGUGCUGCACUCCUGUCUGCACUCGUUCAGAGUAUGGUUGAUGCUAUCUUCUUCCAAGGAGAUCUCCGGGAGACUUGGGGUGCUGAGGCACUCAAUUGGGCUAUGGAGUGCACGUCAAGACACCUUGCAUGCCGCUCACACCAGAUCUAUCGUGCAUUGCGGCCUAGUGUUACGAGUGACACAUGUGUAUCGCUCCUCAGAUGCCUCCAUAGGUGCCUAGGAAACCCAGCACCUCCAGUUUUGGGAUUCAUCAUGGAAAUUCUAUUGACACUGCAAGUAAUGGUGGAAAAUAUGGAGCCAGAAAAAGUGAUACUUUACCCCCAACUCUUUUGGGGUUGUGUAGCCAUGAUGCACACAGAUUUUGUUCAUGUCUACUGCCAGGUGCUUGAGCUCUUCUCACGUGUGAUUGAUCGUUUAUCAUUCGAGGACCAAACAACAGAAAAUGUGCUUCUUUCAAGCAUGCCGCAUGACGAGCUCAAUACUGGUGGUCUCAUCGAGGAUUUUCAACGAAUUGAAUCGCUGGCAUCACCCAGUGGGAAUCUGCCAGCAUUUGAAGGGUUGCAGCCUCUAGUGCUUAAAGGGCUCAUGUCUACUGUUAGUCAUGGAGUCUCCAUUGAGGUCCUGUCACGGAUCACAGUGCAUUCGUGUGACUCUAUAUUUGGAGAUGGAGAGACAAGGCUCCUCAUGCACGUAACAGGCUUACUUCCCUGGCUCUGCUUGCAGCUCAGCAAGGAAACAGUGGCAGUACCUGCUUCACCACUCCAGCAACAAUGGCAGAAGGCUUGCUCUGUUGCUAACAACAUUGCACUUUGGUGUCGAGCGAAAUCGUUGGAUGAAUUAGCCACAGUGUUUGCAAUUUAUGCCCAUGGAGAGAUCAAAAGCAUUGAUACCCUUCUUGCUUGCGUCUCCCCUCUAAUGUGCAAUGUGUGGUUUCCAAAACAUUCUGCUCUGGCUUUUGGACACUUGCUUCAGCUACUGGAGAAAGGACCAGUUGAGUAUCAGCGUGUGAUACUGUUAAUCCUCAAGGCACUGCUCCAGCACACUCCCAUGGAUGCUUCUCAAAGUCCACGAAUGUAUGCAAUUGUGUCCCAGCUGGUGGAAAGUUCUUUGUGUUUUGAGGCACUCAGUGUAUUGGAAGCCCUUUUGCAGAGCUGCAGUUCGUUCACAGGUUCUCAUCCACCUGAGCUAGGGUCAUAUGAGAACGGAGCUGAUGAAAAACUGCUAGCUCCUCAGACCUCAUUUAAGGCUCGGAGUGGACCCUUGCAAUAUUCAACAGGCGCAGGAUUUGGUACAGGUUACAUGCCGGCAACACAAGGAGGAGCUGAAUCAGGGAUUCCAUCUAGAGAGGUGGCUUUGCAGAACACACGCCUUAUCCUUGGGCGAGUCCUCGACAACUGUGCAUUAGGGAGGAGAAGGGAUUAUAGGAGGCUGGUGCCUUUUGUAACAAAUAUUGGAAACCCAUAA